CAGUGUUACUGCCAUCUAUGUACAAAAGACAACUUUACAUGUGUGACAGAUGGGCUAUGUUUUACCUCAGUAACACGAACUGCAGACAAAGUCAUACACAAUAGUAUGUGUAUAGCAGAAAUUGAUCUGAUUCCCCGAGACAGGCCGUUUGUUUGUGCCCCCUCCGCCAGAGAUGGAGUCAUUACUCUGCCUCAUUGCUGUGACAAAGACCACUGCAAUAAAAUAGAACUUCCAAUUCCAACACCAGGCCCUACUCCAGGAAAACCAGCUUCUAAUCUAGGACCUGUGGAACUGGCUGCUGUCAUUGCUGGACCUGUCUGCUUUGUCUGCAUUUCACUAAUGUUGAUUCUAUAUCUUUGUCAUAAUCGUACUGUAAUUCAUCAUCGUGUGCCAAGUGAAGAAGAUCCCUCACUGGAUCGUCCCUUUAUAUCGGAAGGAACUACUUUAAAGGAUUUAAUUUAUGAUAUGACAACUUCAGGCUCUGGGUCAGGUUUACCUUUGCUUGUGCAAAGAACAAUUGCAAGAACUAUAGUACUUCAAGAAAGCAUUGGUAAGGGUCGCUUUGGAGAAGUCUGGCGAGGGAAGUGGAGAGGAGAAGAAGUUGCUGUGAAAAUCUUCUCUUCAAGAGAGGAACGCUCAUGGUUUCGUGAAGCAGAAAUUUAUCAAACAGUUAUGCUACGGCAUGAAAACAUUCUUGGAUUUAUAGCUGCAGACAACAAAGACAACGGUACGUGGACUCAGCUGUGGUUGGUGUCAGACUAUCAUGAGCAUGGAUCACUCUUUGAUUACCUGAACAGGUAUACAGUAACAGUGGAAGGAAUGAUAAAAUUAGCUUUGUCCACUGCCAGUGGUCUUGCCCAUCUUCACAUGGAAAUUGUUGGCACGCAAGGCAAACCAGCGAUUGCCCACAGAGAUUUGAAAUCAAAGAAUAUAUUGGUAAAAAAGAAUGGAACAUGCUGCAUUGCAGACCUAGGAUUGGCAGUUAGGCAUGAUUCAGCUACAGACACAAUUGAUAUUGCCCCAAACCACAGAGUGGGAACAAAAAGGUACAUGGCACCUGAAGUUCUAGAUGAUUCCAUAAAUAUGAAACAUUUUGAGUCAUUCAAACGAGCAGACAUCUAUGCAAUGGGAUUAGUGUUUUGGGAAAUAGCUCGGCGAUGUUCAAUUGGUGGAAUCCACGAAGAUUACCAGUUGCCAUACUAUGACCUCGUUCCUUCGGAUCCUUCUGUUGAAGAAAUGAGGAAAGUUGUGUGUGAGCAGAAGUUAAGGCCCAAUAUUCCAAACAGAUGGCAGAGCUGUGAGGCAUUACGAGUAAUGGCAAAAAUUAUGCGGGAAUGCUGGUAUGCCAAUGGAGCUGCUAGGCUAACAGCUUUGCGCAUUAAAAAAACAUUAUCGCAACUUAGUCAACAGGAGGGGAUAAAGAUGUAAUCCUGGAUUUGCUGCCGAAGAAUACUGUAAAAAUCCAUAUCUGCACCAGUGGCAUGUUAAGAAGGUUAAUUGUUCUACCUCAUUGGGGGAACAGAAGGAUAUUGCUGCCUUUUAGUACUUCAUAGGAACGUCACUUAUUAGGAUUUUUGUGGAUGUGCUAAACAGUUGUGUUGGGUCCUUUCUGUGCACUAUGAACCUCUUUUCCAGGUUACUUACAAAACAUUGGUGUAGUCUAGUUUUAUUUUUAUUAACCUAUAAUUUUUUAUUUGAAAAGUUGACAGCUGGUCUUAACUUCUAGUUAACUGUGCUAAAAAUAGGAGGUCACUUUUAAAAUGGAACUGGUUCGCUAUAUUGUUCUAGAGUGCAUUGAUGGCUCUUUAAGCAACUUUAUUCCUGGCUGGUACAUUGACUAUUCUGAAUCACUGUCACAGUUCUUUGGUUCAGAUUGUGAAUGUACUGUUGGAGUAUACUUUGCUAGCUAUUAAGGUAGUGUAUCUUUGGGACUCUUACCUUGUUUUACAAAUUGACCUCAUUCAGUUGUGGGAACAUAAUUUAUGCAA